AUGACGGGAGAUACCAAACUGGAGGGAACUCCCAAAAAAAAACUGGAGGAAAAGAUAGAUCAGCCAGCCGCCGAUAUUGACUCUACACACCCCGCCAACGAGUACGAUGUUGCUGAAGAGGAAGAGGAUGAUGAAUACUAUGAUGAUAUCUUUGACGAUGAGCUGGAUGAUGCUGAUUUUGGUGCUUCGAACCCAUCCGAUUUCACAAAAUCUUAUAACAGGCAAAGAAAGCUAAACGAGGUUGCUGCUGAUGCGAAUGCCCCCCUCUCCUCAUACCCAAAGAGCAACCCCCAAAAGCCGAGCGUCAAUACAUUCGCGAAGGUCGACGAUCAGAUAUCGACCCUAUCUCGACAUGCCGGGAAGAUUAGACUCGAUGAUGCCCAAUCUGGCUUAAAGUCGAAGGGUGGAAGGGGGGCAGAUAAGAGUGACAGAGCUACAUCUGAACAAGUGUUGGACCCCCGCACUCGCAUGAUACUGCUUCAGAUGAUCAAUAGGAAUAUCGUCUCAGAAGUGAACGGCUGUUUAUCCACGGGAAAAGAAGCAAAUGUUUACCAUGCGAUCUCCCAACCCGACGACGAAAGCCCAGAUCUUCACCGAGCUAUCAAGGUAUACAAGACCAGCAUCUUAGUCUUCAAGGACAGAGACAAGUAUGUCACCGGCGAAUACAGAUUUAAGCAGGGGUAUAAUAAGUCCAAUAACCGAUCGAUGGUGAAAGUGUGGGCAGAAAAGGAGAUGCGAAACCUCAAACGCUUAUACUCUGCUGGCAUUCCUUGCCCUGAACCAUUGUACCUUCGACUUCACGUUCUUGUGAUGGGCUUCCUUGGAAACUCUAAAGGAAUACCAGCUCCCCGGCUGAAAGAUGUACAACUCCAGGAUGAGGAUCUGGAUGCCCGGUGGAAAUCUCUAUAUAUGGAGCUAGCUUCUCAUAUGCGUACCCUGUACCAGGACUGCCGCCUUGUCCACGCCGAUCUGAGCGAGUAUAACAUCCUAUACCACAACCACAAACUCUACAUCAUUGAUGUCAGUCAGAGCGUCGAACAAGACCACCCCAGGAGUUUAGAGUUCUUGCGUAUGGACAUUAAGAACGUUAGUGACUUCUUCCGCCGCAAGGGUGUCGAUACACUCCCCGAACGGACAUUAUUCGAAUUCAUCACUUCGGUCGAUGGCCCUCAUGCUGUCUCUGGCGACCUGAGCCCAAUGGUUGCAGUGCUUGAGAAGUUGUUUGUUGCCAGAGCUGAGCGCCAGGAGGAAAGCGGCGAGCACGCCGAAGGUGAAGGGAACGAUGAACUAGACACUGCUGUUUUCCGACAACAAUAUAUCCCUCAGACCCUAGAACAGGUUUACGAUAUAGAGCGAGACGUUGAGAAGCUCCGAACCGGGAAGGGUGAUGAACUGGUUUAUCGCGAGCUUCUAGCUUCGGGCGCAGACCCAACCAAAUCGGCAGCUAAGAAUGAGGAUGAAGAUAUCGGAGAAGACUCUGAUGUUUCUGGGGGUGUAUCUUUGUCUGAUAACGGUUCCCAGUCUGGUGAUGCCGAUGAGGUAGACCCAUUCGCAAAGAAACCACCACGAGGCAAACGGUUCGAGGAUAAAGACACUAAACGAGACCAUAAAAAACAAGUCAAGGAAGAGAAGCGAGAGCAGCGGUCAAAGAAAAUACCGAAACAUGUCAAAAAGAGACUUGUCAAUGCAUCAAAACGCAAGUGA